CGCCGGGGACCGGAAGUUAGCGUCUCCCGGGUGAAGCGGCUUUGGCUGCGAGGCAGGCUUGGUACAGGUUUCAUCCCCCUGCAGCCAUGGGACGAAGGAAGUCUAAAAGGAAGCCGCCCCCCAAGAAGAAGAUGACAGGCACCCUGGAGACCCAGUUUACGUGCCCCUUCUGCAACCACGAGAAGUCCUGUGAUGUGAAAAUGGACCGUGCCCGCAACACUGGAGUUAUCUCCUGCACCGUGUGCCUAGAGGAGUUCCAGACACCCAUUACGUAUCUGUCAGAACCAGUGGAUGUGUACAGCGAUUGGAUAGAUGCCUGUGAGGCAGCCAAUCAGUAGCAGGAACAAGGACCUGCCCCUCAACAGUCCCCAACUUGGGUGCCAGUCCAGAGACAUUCCAGGGUGUAGGUCCAGAGCUGUGACAGUCCUCCCUCUGUGUAUGGAGUAGACGUGUGUGUGGCUGUAACAGUGGCCCUGGCUGCUUGUAGCUAGCGUGGAGGUGAGGGGUCGCUGGGUCUCACCAUGCUGCCCAGGGUGGCCUCAAACUUCAGAACCUUAUGUCUCAAAUGGCUCCGAAAGCCUUCGAGUUGCACCCUUCUUCAGCUCCCGGCCCUGCCCCCAAGCUUUAUGUUCCUGGCUCCUCUGGUGAGCGUUUCUCGACAUCCCAGGCAAGGAGUAGCUGUGGGACCUCCAGUCUCCUAAGCCACCUCACCAGCUCCUUGCCCUCGGGGAACUAACUGGACUUCCUGUCCUUCCCACCUCCUUGUGCUUGUGACCUGGGAUUCAAGGCUGCUGACCAACCAGAUCCCUUGGCCGGGCUUUGCCGGGUGCCCAUUUUCCUCUUCGAUUGCUUUUGUAGAAAAGGUAGGGGCUGGUUCAGUGACAGCUGUCACUCACAAACCUGAUAAUAAAGCAGCCAGUGCAGAUACCC